AUGAACGACCUUUUACUUCAUUCUUAAUCAUCAAAUUAUUUGACUGAAGAAGUUAUUAAUCAAGCUGCCAAAGAUCCAGAAACAAGAAACAAUAUCAUUAAAUUUGAAUAGUAAUAAAAUUAUUAAUAAAAUUAGUAAAUUGCUAUCAGUAUAUGCUCAUAAAUUUUCUAUCAUUUUAUUGCCUAAAACUGAAUAAAUUACAGGUAAAAACAUAAAACAAUAAAAUAGAAUGGCAUGGAUUGAUUAGCAUUUCUUAUGGGCUUUAUGCUAAAGGAAAAUUUAAAUUUUUAUUAAAUUUUCCAAAAACCUUUCCAGAAUCUAUUCCUAAAAUUAGAUUUCUUUAUCCUCUAUUCCAUCCUUUAAUUGAUGAAUAUAAUAAUGUAGAUGUAGAUACACUUAUUCCAAAAUGGAAAUAUGGAUAAGAUUGCAUGGUAUAUAAUUUAUUAAACAAACUCUAUGAAAUGUUUAUUGAUGUUAGUUAUUAUGAUUGUGUUACAUCAUUUAACCCAAGAGCUGCUUAAUUAUUUUCUAAUGAUAUAAAUUCAUAUGCUGAAGAAGUGAAAAAGCAAGUUGCCUAUUCUGAAUAAUAGCUUUACGAAAAUCGAGAUGAUUUCAUUCUUAAAGUAAUUCCUUCAAAUAACUAUUCAAGAUAAAAGAACCAAUUUAUAACACUCAAACAAUUCUUUAGAAAUUGUAAGAUAUCAACUCUUAAAAAAAUUUAUCAUUUGAUUAAAAGAAGAAAGAUCUACUAAAUUUCAUACUGUAAUAGAGUAAGCAAAAUAAUUUAUCAUAAUGA